AAUCUUCAAUCCAUCCUCCUCGAAUCCAUGGAGGUCUCCGGCGCCGUUACCCGGCGGCUCUCUAGCCUCUUCCGCUGCGAGAUUGCUCAAUCCGUUGAUGUCGCCAGCGCCGAUGCACGGCGGGCUCCCUGUAGCCUGUCCGUUUCCGGUGGCUCUGUUAGUACUGGAACUCACGUUAUUGGCCUCGUCGGUCGUCGGAAUAUAGAUUCUUCUAGGUUUUCUGAUAAUGGUCAUUUGCGAUAUUAUGUUGGACCGAAUUGCCAGGGGAGGAGGUUGAAGAAGGAGAAGGAAGCGGUGAAGAAGAAAUUGAAAUUGUUGAAAGGAUUGUCCGGUUAUUCAUCUACGGAUCACGAAUCUGGCUUAGUGUUUCGAUUUGAUGAUUGCUUGAUCGGAGACUUUCAAGCGGAUCGCUUCUCUAUCGAGGAAACAAGAGAGGCAUUGGUAAAACAGCUUCAACAACUAAAAUCUGAGGAAAAGGACCAGAAAAGAAGGAGGAAGUUAGAGAAGGCCAAGCUUAAAGCAACUCGAGUAAAAACAAUUCACGAGUCAUCAUCAUCUUCAUCCUCUGAAUCCAGUGACAACGAAGGCUACAUGACCAACACAAGCUACCAAAUAAGGAAGGCACUUUCACAGCCAUUCCCAGAUCAAUGGAAGACAAAUGGCAUCAAAGAAUCAACACUGCCUCCUCCUUUGCAAUCCCAACUGCUCAAUUCCGACACAAAAAACAUCGGCGUCGCACGAUCGGUAUCUGUAGGGAGGGUUGAAGUGUGUAUGGGAAACAAGUGCAAGAAGGCAGGGGCAGCAGCAUUGAUGGAGGAAUUUGAGAGGGUGAUGGGAGCUGAUGGUGCUGUUUGUGGGUGUAAAUGCAUGGGGAAAUGCAGAGAUGGACCAAAUGUGAGAGUCUCUGGUGCGUUGGCCGGACAAAGCUGCUCUGCAAAUCCUCUGUGCAUUGGAGUUGGAGUGGAGGAUGUUGGCAGAAUUGUAGCUGAUCAUCUUGGACAACAAGGGGAGCUGAAACAAUCAAGGUAACACCUGCAACUGAUGAUACUCAUCGGAGAAGCUAAAUGAUCUUCCCCUUUGAGUUAUACUGAGUUGGGUUGGGAUAACCAACUUUUUGGACCCAAACCAACUAUUAAAAUUUCAAAUUUGUCAAUCCAAUCCAUGAAAGGAAGCUAUAUGGUGAAUCCCAACUCAACCCGAGUUCUGUUGAUUCGGUUAUUAGUUUACACUCUUGUUAAAAAAAUAUUGAAUUUACACUAUUUCAAUACUAAUGACUUA